AUGCGCGCCUUCUUCUUUCUUUUCGCGACGUAUCUCAUUUCGAGCUCGCCGUCCUCUGCGGCGACUAUCAGUGCUACCGCAAAUAGCACUUCUGUAGCCAGUGCCAGCGUUGCCGCGAGCAGCGCUGAUGUUACGAGCAGCACCAAUGCUACGAGCACUACGAAUGCCACGGUCACUGCCGCUAGCUCAGCUAGACCUAGCCCGACCUCGUCCGGCGUGGAGACGCGCACCCUUGACGAGCUGUAUGCUCUUGCAGUUGCUGAAGGAGGACAACUGUUGGUUAGAGCAGGGGGCGACACGAGUGAUCAGCAAGAUCCCUUCGUCCAGGCUUUCCAGCAAAGAUUCCCGCAGAUGAACAUCACGAUCACUUACCAUGAUGGGAUUAUCGACCGCUCCUUGAAUCAGACUGGGAAGGCCGGAGUAGAUGUCGCCCAUCUGCAGACGUAUCACGACUUCGUGCGAUGGAAGAGUGAAGGUCGCCUCCUCAACUACAAACCGGCUGGAUGGGAUCAGAUUACGAACGACAUCAAAGACCCAGAUGGAGCCUUCGUAGGCAUAGCCUAUUACCUUCUCACCAACACGUACGCCACGGCGAAAACGACUGCCGCCGAUGCGCCCAAGAAUUUCCUCGAUUAUCUGAACUCGCAGUGGCAGAACAAGAUCGUAUCCGUAUACCCCAACGACGAUGACGGUGUCCUUUUCUUGUUCUACAAGAUCCAGCAAGCCCAUGGCUGGGCCGCGAUCAACAACUUCAUCGCUAUGGGCAUCGACUGGGUCCGAGGAAGUGUUACUCCCACUACCGUCCUCCUUUCUUCCUCCUCGCCGCAGGCAGUGACAUUCACCACCGCUGCCGGUUUCCCUAAUGCCACCACCGGUGUUAUCGAACAGCUACCCACAAGCGACCCCAGUGGACUUUGUAUCUGGUCCCAGCGCGCUGCAAUUUUCAACACCGCAGCGCACCCCAACGCGGCAAAGCUCUAUAUGAACUGGUUGCUUUCUGUCGACUACCAGACCGUGCUGGCAACUGGAGGAUGGAGUGUGCGUAACGAUGUUCCGCCGAAGGCCGGACUUCAGCGUAUGCAUUCGGUUCUUUCUUUGCUGGAUACGAAGCCUUUCGAUCAAUUCAUGCUCAACCGUCCCGUUGUCGAACAGUUCCGUUUCCAGAUUGAGCAGCUGAUCGGACUGCCGCAAGGACCUAGCCCUAUUAGCCAGCCCGCGUCGGCUUACAAUAAGGUUGGCAUAUACCAAUAA